AUGCAAAGAAAAAAAAACACAAGACUAGCUUUCGAAGGGUCAGAGCAUUACAUAUUUUUUAAAGCCACUUCUUUAAUACCAUCAUCUGAAUUGGCAUCAAUUCAAUUUUUAAUUCAACAAUAUGGACAGAUUCAUUUACCACAAGAUCAAAGUAUAUGUAAUGGAUCAUUUACUGAAUUUAUUACUUGUCAAUUAGAUAUAGGUACCGGAGAAGAUCAUUUUACAUCUUUAAAAAUGACAAAACCAUUUUCACCGGAUCUUGGAUUCCCAGAUUACAAUAUUUUAAAAUUUGACUUUCCAAAAUUAACUACCCUUGUUAUCUAUCAAACAGGAAAUGUAAAGAAUACAACAUUAAACAUUUUAGAUAGAUUAACUGAUCUUCCUUUAUUAGGUAUGGUCUUUAUUACAAAAGAUUAUUCAAUUGAUUCAAUUCCAAUUGGUUUUCCAAAGAAUUUACCAAAUCUAAAGAUUUUCUCAAUCAUUGAUUCAAUUCAAAAGCUUAAUUUCCAAGGAUUUUUCAACAACUCCAAUAUAGAAGGACUCAGUCUAAGUGGAGUUAGAUUUUCAUCAUUUGCACUCGAUUCAUCAUAUUAUUUACCUAGAUUAAAACAACUUGAUUUACAUAUCAUAGUGGAUACUCCAAUAUCAAUAGACAUGCAGUCAUCAUCAUUUCCAUCUAUUCAAUCUUUAUCAAUUAAAACAUUUGGUUCUAAAAGUAAUAUCAAUUUAAAUAUGCAAUCACUAUGGGAAUUGUAUAUAGAUAAUGAUGUAUCUCUAUCAAGUUUGUCUCUUGGUAAUUUAAAAAAUUUAAACACUAUUGAUUUAAAUGGUCAAACUACAAUAGCAGGAAAUAUGACAAAUUUACUUGGUUUAGAUAAAGCAACGAUUAAUAUUAAUUCUCUAACGACCUAUCCAUUCUCAAUGUUUCCACCAAACUUGUCAACAUUUAUUAUGAGAAAUUCAAGUUGUUUAUUAAUACCAACCAUUCCACUUCCACCUAGUCUUCUUUCAUUUGAACUAUCAAAUAACCUUUUAUUAGCUGGAAGUGUACCAUUUUCAACUAUAUUUGGAGAUUCAAGACCAAACUUUAAAGUUGAUUUAUCAUUUAACCCAAAUCUAAAUGUUGGUAUUGUUCCAAAUAAUUGGUGUGAAUAUGGAGGUGUAAAUCUUCAAAACACAAUGGUAUCUUCAGUUCCAGAUUGUUUUUUAUGUUAUUAUGGAAAUGGUGAUCCAAAUAUCCUAGUACCAAUUAUUCCUCCACAAAAUUUCGUUUGUAAUAUUACAUUUACAAGUUUAAAUUUAUUUUCAUCAAUGGGAAAAUUUAAUUUAAUUGGUAAUUUGAUUGGGUUUGGGUAUCCAAAUGCACAGGCUCUUGUACCAAAUAGAGCACUUGUAUAUAAUGUACCAAACAAUCAAUAUAUUGUAGGACCACCAAGAGACUAUAAUAUAUCAUUUUAUUCAAUGGGUGGUAAAAAUGUAACCUUUUCAAUGGUUGAAGUUUAUUUUUCCGUUGCAAAUGCUACCGUUGUAGGAAAUGUAAAUAGACAAUUGGUAUUGGAAUUUUCUUAUUUUAAUUCAUACCUACCACACUUUGUACAAUUUAAUCAAGGUACUGUAAAUUGUACAAGUAUAAAUCAAAAUGCAACACAUCUUGUUUGUUCAAUUCCAAACUCUUUGGUUUUAGAACCAACCUUUAUGUAUAAUCUAAGAAAUGAAAUAAUUCAAUUCAAUCUAGAGGCUACCUAUGAACCAAAGGAUAAUCCACCAAUAGUUACAUCAACAGAUUAUUCAAUGGAAACUCAAACUUUAGAAUUGUAUGGAACUUUUGGACCACUUUUCAACUUUCCUUUGAUUAUAAAAGUAUCAAAUUUAACUUGUCGAAUUGUAACGUCAUCGGUAUCACUGAUGAAAUGUGAAUUGGAUACAGUUCCAAAACCUGGACCAGCAACAUUAUUUGUUAGUAUUGGAGGUUUUGAUUUUAUAUCUUCAAGUUUAUUAUAUUUUCAACCAAAUAGUGAUAAUAGUGGUUCAAGUACAACAACUACAACAUCAUCUACUACUGGAGGAAGUAAAGAAACACCUCAACAAAUAUGUUCAAGAUUAACAUAUAAUUGUUAUGGACAUGGACAAUGCGAUAAUAAUGGUAUUUGUCAAUGUAAUGAAAAUUAUAAUCAAAUUGAUAAUUGUUUAACUAAAUAUAUAAAUACAACAAUUAAACCAAAUACAACCAAUCCAACAGUAUCAUUUGAUAUUGAUGGUAUUGAUUUUCAAUUUGAAAUUUAUUCAAUUCAAGAAUUGGAUUAUGAUGGUUCAAUUUUACAAGAGUUGUUAUUAACAAAUCAAACAUGGAAUGUUUCAAUCAAUACUGAUAAUAUUACAACUUUUGCAAAUUAUCAACUUUUCUUGGGCAAUGAUUCAAUUUACGAAACACUUUUGGUAUCUUCAGAUUUAUCAUUCUCUUCGAUAGGUCGAAAUGUAAUAUUUGGUGAUACAGAGUUGGUAUUAGUACCAAAUGCAAUCAAGGUUGGAUUUUCUAUUUCAAAUUGGCAAUAUCAAUCAAAUGUUGCAACACUUAGGGCCGUAUUCAAAUCUAUAAUCAAUAAUAAUCAAACAAUCUCUGUUGAUUGUGAUAACCAACAACAAUCAAUUGAUAGUUUUACAAAGGAUCAAUUAUCAGAAUCAAUUCAAUACCUAAGGGUGGUAAAAGAUAAUAUUCAAUUUAAUGGUCGGUUUAUUGAUUUUGUAUUAUCUGAUGGUAGAAAGACCUAUUCAAAAACAGAAUUAAUAUCUCUUACACCAACUAAUAAUGAUCAAUCAAUUGCAUUAAUUGGUAUCAACUUGCCUCAAUGUAAAUCAUGUCAAUUGGAUCCAGAUUUUACACCAUUAAUAAUUGAAAAGAAUAAUGAUAAUUGUUCAUCACCAUCAAAAACAUGGAGAAUCAUUGUUGGUGUUGUAGUUGGUGGAGUUGCAGUGGCAGCAGUAGCAAUUGGUACAAUCAUUUUAAUUAAAAAGAAAGUUGCCAAAAAACAUUAUGAAAGUAAACUAAACAAAUUAAAUGUAAAUUAA